CUCCCGCUCGAGCUCCACCCAGGUCGCAGGCAGCGCGGUCGGCGGCGCCUAUUUCCCGCCAUUGUGCGAAGUGGAGCCUGAGGGUCUGCACGCGCAGCCUGUCGGUCUCCUGCAGCUCCGCGGCUGCCGCCACCACCACAGCCGUGGUUCCCUGAGAUCGGGCGAACAGCUCCGCGAGGCUCGCUCUGCGUGGGAAGGCGCGGGCGAGGAGCUGCCAAGCCCCCGAGGAGGAGCCACGGCGCGGGACGCCGGGCCGCGUUGGCCCCGGCCCGUCGGCGAGAUGCCCUGUGGGGAGGAUUGGCUCAGCCACCCGCUGGGAAUCGUGCAGGGCUUCUUCGCCCAAAAUGGAGUUAAUCCUGACUGGGAGAAGAAAGUAAUUGAAUAUUUUAAGGAAAAGCUGAAGGAAAAUAAUGCUCCUAAAUGGGUACCAUCAUUGAAUGAGGUUCCCCUUCAUUAUUUGAAACCUAACAGUUUUGUGAAGUUUCGCUGCAUGAUUCAGGAUAUGUUUGACCCUGAGUUUUACAUGGCAGUUUAUGAAACGGUUAACCGAAACACAAAAGCACGUGUUCUUCAUUUUGGAAAAUAUAGAGAUGUAGCAGAGUGUGGGCCUCAACAAGAAGUUGAUUUAAACUCUCCACGAACUACCACUUUGGAAAGACAGACUUUCUAUUGUGUUCCAGUGCCUGGGGAAUCUACGUGGGUAAAAGAAGCCUAUAUUAAUGCAAAUCAAGCUCGAGUCAGUCCUUCAACAUCCUACACUCCCAGUCGUCACAAGAGGAGUUAUGAAGAUGAUGAAGACAUGGACCUACAGCCCAAUAAACAGAAAGACCAACAUGCAGGUUCCAGACACACAGGGAGUGUUGGUGGUCUUCAGUGGUGUGGAGAGCCAAAACGUUUUGAAACUGAAGCGUCUACUGGGCAACAGCUGAACUCCCUGAACCUCUCUUCUCCUUUUGACCUGAAUUUUCCACUGCCAGGAGAGAAGGGCCCUGCAUGCCUUGUGAAGGUCUAUGAAGACUGGGAUUGUUUCAAAGUAAAUGAUGUUCUUGAGUUAUAUGGCAUACUGUCUGUGGAUCCUGUGCUGAGUAUACUGAAUAAUGAUGAAAGGGACUCCUCCUCCCUCCUGGAUCCGAUGGAAUGCACAGACACUGCCGAGGAACAGCGAGUGCACAGCCCUCCUGCCUCCUUAGUGCCAAGGAUUCAUGUGGUUUUAGCCCAGAAGCUACAGCACAUCAAUCCGUUAUUGCCGGCUUGCCUUAACAAAGAGGAGAGCAAAACCUGUAAGUUUGUUUCAAGUUUCAUGUCCGAAUUGUCUCCAGUCAGAGCAGAACUACUUGGGUUCCUCACUCAUGCCCUUUUGGGAGAUAGUUUGGCUGCUGAAUACCUUAUAUUACAUCUCAUCUCCACAGUCUAUACAAGAAGAGACGUUCUUCCACUAGGAAAAUUUACGGUUAACUUGAGUGGUUGCCCGCGGAAUAGUACCUUCACGGAACACUUGUAUCGAAUUAUUCAACAUCUUGUUCCAGCAUCUUUCCGUCUACAGAUGACUAUAGAGAACAUGAACCAUUUGAAAUUCAUUCCCCACAAAGACUAUACAGCCAAUCGCCUGGUCAGUGGGCUCCUCCAGCUGCCCAGCAACACUUCUCUUGUAAUCGAUGAGACUCUGCUGGAACAAGGGCAGCUUGACGCCCCAGGCGUUCAUAAUGUGACUGCCCUGAGCAACCUAAUAACUUGGCAGAAGGUGGAUUAUGACUUCAGUUACCACCAGAUGGAAUUCCCCUGCAAUAUUAAUGUUUUUAUUACUUCAGAGGGGAGAUCACUCCUACCGGCAGACUGCCAGAUCCACUUACAGCCACAGCUGAUUCCACCAAACAUGGAAGAGUACAUGAACAGCCUUCUCUCGGCGGUGCUGCCUUCCGUGCUGAAUAAAUUCCGCAUUUAUCUGACCCUCUUGAGGUUCCUGGAUUAUAGCAUAUCUGAUGAAAUAACCAAGGCAGUUGAAGAUGACUUUGUGGAAAUGCGCAAGAACGAUCCUCAGAGCAUCACUGCUGAUGACCUCCACCAGUUGCUCAUUGUAGCUCGGUUUCUGUCUCUCAGUGCUGGUCAGACAACGCUGUCAAGAGAACGAUGGCUAAGAGCAAAGCAGCUCGAGUCUUUGAGAAGAACCAGGCUCCAACAGCAGAAAUGUGUGAAUGGAAAUGAACUUUAAAGAUCUGAUACAUGUGAAAGAGUAAUGGGCAAAUUGUAGCCACACUAUUGUAAAAUUCAAAUAUCAUUUAUACCACAUUGUUUUGUAGAUAAUUUGUAUCAAAAACCAAUGACUUUUCCUGAAAUCAAGCCUGGUAACAUCUGAAGUUUAUAUAAUAUUCAGUAAGGGCUUUUACCUUACUGAUUUUAUGGAGCUUUUGAAGUUUGUUUUAUAAUUAUAUAAAUUAGUAACAAUGUACAAAAAUGUAUUUGAUAUUAAAAGUUUAAUAUUGAUAAUGUUGAUUAUACCAUUUCCUUAGCUUCAGCUAAGUUAUAGGCCAGACUGUUGAAAUGCUAACAUCAACUUCAUUUGAAGAAAAUUGUUGCAAUUCCAAAGUCAGGAAUUGUUCACUUAAGAUUUUUAUGUCUUUACAAUUAACAGUGGGUCUAAAUGUGUUUAGUGGUCCAAGUUUGGGGAAUGGGGCAUACUUGCUAUUAAGUCAGUACAUGACCAUGUGAAAUUUUCUGUAGUAUCAUUUCCCAAACAUUUGACCACAGCAGCUUGUUUCCAUUUAACAGUUGUUAACCUGCAAAACUACUCUUGAAGGUGGCAGUGGUUCCCAGACUUUUGGAGUUUAUAGACCAGUAAUAUUUCCAAAAAUUUUUGGGAUGCACAUGGUUGCCAAUUUAUUUUGCCAAGUUAUCUGAAAGAAAUCACUGUAUUAUCACCACUGUUUUUUUCAUAAGAGGGCAAUCUCAGAACAAGAGAUAGUCCCUUAAAUGGAAUAAAUGUAGCUUUUUGAAAAAAACACUCCAUUGUCCUUAUUUUUCUCAUUUCACCCCAGUACAUUUGGGAACCACUGUUUUAUGGGACUCAAGGAAAUUCUGUCCUAUGAGUUGUUUUGCUCAAAUAUGAAGAAAGCAAAAUAAUUAACCUUUAAAAAAUGGUUUUUCUUUUCCUAGUAAAUGUCAUUUAGUUGCUUUGAUGAUUGUAUUAGAUUUUGAACUUUUUAUAGAUAAGUUUAUCAAUUAGUUCCAGAUGUAUUAGAUCAACUAACAUUAUCUGCUAGUCCAGGAACGCCCUGAUAAAACUAUAGAUAGGUUUUUCCCAGACCACAGUUUGUUUUUCUUUUAGCUGAGCCAUCCUGCCACCUGUUGGCAGCUCAGCUCGGGCCGGGAAUCGAACUGCUGUU